CUGGGCCUGACUAGCGAGAAUAAGCCAUUGAUAAAGGGGACUAAACACUAUCAAGCGUGAUAACAAAGCUGUUCCGAAUACACUCAGAACCAGGUAAAUUAUUCUUCGAAGUUUCCCGGAAAGAAACUGGCGUACAGUUAACAUCUCUUGCACACACUGACGGGUCGUACCUGAAGAAGCUCAUCAUGGGAGCGAGGAAGCUGCCAGUGGUUACUCUGUUCUCUCUUGUUCUGGCAAUUUUACCCACUUACACAGAGACUGUAGCUGUCAUGGCAGUUGACCUUGGUAGUGAGUGGAUGAAGAUUGCGAUAGUGAAACCUGGUGUGCCAAUGGAGAUUGUUCUCAACAAGGAGUCUAGGAGGAAAACACCUGUAGCUGUAAGUCUCAAGGAGAAUGAAAGACUUUUUGGAGACAAUGCGCUUGGAGUGUCUGUGAAGAGCCCCAAAACUGUUUAUAGACAUCUUCAAAGUCUUCUGGGCAAAAAGCAUGAUAACCCCCAGGUGGCACUCUAUCAGAAACGUUUUGUAGAGCACCAGCUGCAGGAGGAUCCAGUCAGAGGCACAGUUUACUUUAAAAGCUCAGAAGAAAUGCAGUACUCAGCUGAAGAGCUCCUUGGAAUGGUGCUCAAUUAUUCUUGUGCACUGGCUCAGGACUUUGCAGAGCAACCGAUAAAAGAUGCAGUAAUCACAGUUCCAGCAUUUUUCAACCAGGCAGAGCGCAGGGCAGUCCUGCAGGCUGCACAUAUGGCAGGUCUAAAAGUUCUUCAGCUGAUCAAUGACAACACAGCAGUGGCCUUAAACUAUGGGGUCUUCAGGAGGAAAGAUAUUGAUAACACACCAAAGAAUGUGAUGUUUUAUGAUAUGGGCUCUGGCAGCACCACUGUCACCAUCGUCACUUAUCAGACGGUGAAAACGAAAGAGUCUGGCACCCAGCCCCAGUUACAGAUCCGAGGUGUUGGAUUUGACCGUGGGCUGGGGGGCUUUGAAAUGGACUUGAGACUUCGAGACUACCUGGCCAAACUAUUUAAUGAGCAGAAGAAGAGCAAGAAUGAUGUGAAGGAGAACCACCGUGCCAUGGCUAAACUGCUUAAAGAGGCCCAGAGGCUUAAAACUGUGCUGAGUGCAAAUGUAGACUUCAUGGCCCAGGUGGAAGGUUUGAUGGAUGACAUUGACUUCAAGGCCAAGGUGACCAGGGCUGAGUUUGAACAUCUGUGUUCUGACCUUUUUGAAAAAGUGCCUCUUUCAGUACAGGAUGCCCUCACUGCUGCAGAAAUGAAGCUGGAUGACAUUGAACAGGUGAUUUUGGUAGGUGGCUCUACCAGAGUACCCAAGGUUCAGGAAGUGCUUCUCAAAGCUGUGGGCAAAGAGGAGCUAGGGAAAAACAUCAAUGCAGAUGAGGCAGCAGCCAUGGGUGCUGUGUACCAAGCGGCUGUUCUUAGCAAGGCCUUCAAGGUCAAACCUUUCUUGGUUCGUGAUGCAGCCGUUUUUCCCAUUCAGGUGGAGUUCACCCGUGAGACAGAGGAAGAUGGGAUCAAAUCUGUUAAACAAAACAAACGGAUACUUUUCCAGAGAAUGGCGCCUUAUCCACAACGCAAAGUCAUUACAUUCAAUCGUUACAACAACGACUUUUCUUUUGACAUCAACUAUGGUGACCUCAGCUUUCUGAGUCAGGAGGACCUCAGUGUAUUUGGCUCUACUAACCUGACUACUGUAAAACUUACUGGAGUGGGCAGCAGCUUUCAGAAACAUGGAGAUUCAGAGUCAAAAGGCAUCAAAGCCCAUUUCAACAUGGAUGAAAGUGGAGUGCUUCUUCUCGAUCGAGUGGAGUCAGUUUUUGAAACCAUUGUGGAGGAGAAGGAAGAGGAAUCCACAUUGACUAAACUGGGUAACACAAUUUCUACUUUGUUUGGAGGAGGGUCCUCAGAGCCAACGUCAAAUGUCACUGAACCUGUCCAGGAUGAGGAGGAAGUGCCUGCACAGUCUGGAAAGGAUUAUAAGGAAGACGUGCCUAAGGAUCAGAAUGCCAAGGAGACAGAGGAUUAUUCUGAGAGAAGUGAAGGUGAAGGCAAAAUUAAGGAGAGUAUAGGGACAGAGGAGGUAGAUGACAAGACUGAUGCCAAGGAGAAAAAGGACAGGGAAACCUUUGAAAACACUGAGGAAGAGAAAGAAGUGGAGAAGAAGACCAAACCCCACAAAAAGAGCAAAAUAUCAGAAGAAAUUUCAGUGGAACUAGUCAUCAAAGAUGUCCUCGAUCCAACUGCAGAUGAUAUAAUUUCUUCUAAAAAGAAACUACAACAUUUAACAGACAGAGACUUGGCCAAACAGGAAAGGGAAAAGUCUCUCAAUAGUCUAGAAGCUUUUAUUUUUGAGACUCAGGAUAAACUCGACCAGGAUGAUUAUCAACUGGUAUUGUCAGAAGAAGAGAAAAAUGAGAUCUCCACCAAGCUGAGAGAGGCAUCUGAGUGGAUGGAUGAGUAUGGCUACAUGGCCAUCACCAAGCAGUUGAAAGAGAAGCUGUCUCAGCUAAAGAGUCUUUGCAGGGACAUGUUUUUCAGAGUGGAAGAGCGGCGCAAAUGGCCAGACCGUCUUACUGCACUGGACAGUAUGCUCAAUACCUCCAGUUUUUUUCUGAGGAGUGCCAGACUUAUUCCAGAGUAUGACCAGAUCUUCACAGAUGUUGAGCUGAAUAUGUUGGAAAAAGUCAUCAAUGAAACAAUGACGUGGAAGAAUGAGACUGUAGCAGAGCAGGAAAAGCGCUCCCCUAAACAGCAUCCCAUCCUGCUAUCCAAAGACAUUGAGUCCAAGCUGGCUCUGCUGGAUCGAGAGGUCAACUACCUGCUCAACAAGGCCAAGUUCACCAAGCCAAAGGCUAAAGCCAAAGGCAAGAACAGCACUACCUCCGAUAAAAGCAGCAAGGCCAACAACACGGCUGAGGAAAAAGUCAUCCAUAAAAAUGGGGAGAGCAUAGAUUUGAAGAAUGAAAGCCCUGAAGAAGUACAGAAAGGCCAGGCCCCGACCACUGUAGAAGGAACUGUCGACACAGAGAGCCCAUCGCAACCCACAGAAGAAAAGACAACUACAGAAAUUGGCGUCUACGAACAGGAUCCCGCGGCAGGUCGUCUGGACAGCGUGAUCAGGGACGGCGGUCCUGAGGACUAGGGUCGCUCAGCCUCCAAACCUCUACAGCUGUUCUGAGUGGGAGGACUGCUCACCCGUCUGGAUCGCCUCUGACGAGAUCCAACGAACUCAAAAUCCAACCUCUACUCGGCCCGGUGAGAGAGAUUCUGUUUUGGUGCGACUUGUUAAGGAAAAAAGAAAAAAAAGAAAGAAAAAAAAGAAAACGGGUUUUAAAUUGGUUUCAGGUAUUCGGGUUUACUUGGCUCUGAUCAUUUGGUUUAGAGAAAGUAAGGUAAAUAACAAUUAAUUCUAAAACAUCCCCAACUAGACUAAAACAAACAACGACAAAAGAAAACAUAACUAGGAAUAGAGAUAAUUUUUCUAAAACGACUAUGUGGCUGAAAACAUCUAAAAUAUAAUAAUUAGGACCAAACAUUUUUUAUUUUAUUUUAAAUUUAAUAUUCGGGUAGAAAAAUUAAUUAGGUCAAAGUCUGCCCUGGUGGCCGAGACGGUGGUUGCUAAGGGUUGGCUCGUGGAACCGAGCUUGUUUUUGUCUGUACUGAGGAUACAGACCAGUGUGCAGAUCUGAGCGCAGUCCAAAGGGAGUGGACAAGGAAAUAAAAGACGAGCUUCUGAAAUACGGAGCGCGUUUGCAGGGGGAAGUGGUUUUGAGAUACGAGGGGCCUGACGGUGAGGGAGCACUUCCGAGAACCCUGUCGCUGAUCUGAGCGGUUCCCUUUCUACGCAGACGUCCGUGGAAGAGAAAUUUCGAAAAAAGGUUCCGGCCAGAACACAAAAAAGUCUAAGGCAGAAAACCGCCGGGACUCUGAAAGAUGGGUUCGGGGCGAUCUAAGUCUCCACCACCAGACUGCAGCAUUACAAAAUUAAUGAGACCUAAAUAUGGUGAUGAGUGCGUGUCAUGUCUUCACGACUGGACAAAACAUUAUGGGUUUCAAGAAGGUGGUUCACUCAGUGUGAAGGACAUACGCGCUUUAAAAGAAAAAUUAGAAGAAAAGGAGAAACAGCCCUGUAAAAGUAGAACGAUCAAGGGUUAAAACUUUAGAGGAAAUUGAAUUAAACAACAGAUGCCUUGAAAUUUGGGUUAAAGAAUCAGAACGCAGGGAAAGACUGAAAUGCCAAAAAGAGUUAGGAGGGAGAAAGGACGAGAGUGGUGACGUAGCUGGCAGAAAAGAUAACAACUCUGUGGAAGCUUGCACACCGCCACCAUACACACAUACACACACACAACAUGAUGAGAAACAGAGCGCUCCCACUGUCUCUGCUUUGUAUCCUUUUGCAGAGCUGAGCGCGGUCAAGGUGAAUCCCGACCUGGACUCCUUCUACGUCAGCAGGAGGGCCGGGCAGGGUGGACAGCCGGACCAACAGCAACAGCCUGAUCAACAGCAACAGCCUGAUCAACGACAACAGCCUGAUCAACGACAACUGCGUGCCCCAUUGCAGCAGCCUGGACCACACCAACAGCCUGACAAACAGCAACAGCCUGACCAACAUCAACAGCCUGCAUUGCAUCAACAGCCUGCCCCACUGCAACAGCUUGGCCAACAUCUGUCAUCAGGAGCUGCAACAUCGGGUGCAGAGCAGUCAGAGCAUGUGAAGGACAGCGAAAAUGCCACACCAACUCCUGGAAUGGAUGCAGAGGCGUUCUGGGCCAACUCACCUAUUGGCUUCAUUCCUACAUCAUCCACUGCCACAGGCUCUGCCCAUGCACCAACUGCCACUAUGAGUGCUGCCUCUGCAACUACCAGCGUUCGUACCCUAAGGAGCAACACACCAGUAGCUCCAGUAAUCAGCUUGCCCAUGGUGGAAGUGGCCGGCCCUGAAGGAAGCAUGUUAGUGCACAGACCAUGGACUAGCGCUGACAUAGCUGACUUUGCUCACACUCUUCCAGACAUCACUGUGUCAGGAAAGACAUUCGGCGCCAACCUUCUGGCUUUCUGCCAGGAGUACAGACCCACUGGAGCUGAGAUCCGUCGCAUCCUGGCCAAACGUCUUGCACCUUGUGAAUACCAAAAGCUGGCUAGGCAAUUGCCUGAUGUGACACUUGCUCUCAAACACAAAGACUGGACAAACAACUUAAAUGAUGGAUUCGUUGCCGCAGUGAGGACGCUUGUUGCCCACCUCGAAACUGCGUUCCCUGAUAAAGUCUGUAUGAUUAAAGUCACUACAUGCAAACAACAACCAGAGGAAUCAGUUGAUGACUUUGUUCACCGCCUCACCACCGCAUACAACACACACGGAGGCGUUCAUCCUCCCCCUGAAGGAGUGGGAGGACUCAUCUGUUCAACAUACGAGAGUCACCUGUGUGAACUGGUGAUGAAAGGCUUACUCCCUGAAGUUUUUGACGCCGUGAAGCAGUCAUACAUCGGAUGGAAAGAAGAAGCGCGUCUGUCUGACCUCACAAGACACGCACGCCAUGCUUAUGACACUCUCCAGCAGAAGAAGAUGGCGAAGAAGGAAAAACAACAGAACGAACUGUAUCUGCCAUCCUUGGAGAUGUUCUCUGCAAUGCAUAACAAUAACAGAGGAGCGGGCAGGUUUCGCGAGCGAGGACGAGGAAGAGACUUCAGACGGAAUUGGCACAACAGAGACACAGGAGGCACAUCUGGAGAUCCAGGAAACGCUUGCCACAUCUGCGGCGAGAUGGGACACUGGAGGAAGUACUACGUCAGGUUCCACCCUCCCGGGCACUCUCGUCAGACUGACUAGAGGAGGAGCCCAGCGAAGGUUUCCGUUCACAUGAUGACGUAGACGGUACCGCACAGACAUACACACACACGCUCACACUUGGUACAUGUUCAAUUGAUUCAAAUUCAUGCUUAUCUGCUUGUAAUGAAGACUUGCUUUCUGCUCAAAACAUCCCACAGAGUGAUUUUGAAAAGAAUAACAAACAGCUAAAUGACAACUGCUCUAUGACUUUACAGUCAAAUGGUUUCAAACAAUUUCCUGAGUUUGCUCUGACAGUUCAAGGUGAACAUAUGGUGUUUUUAGUAGACUCAGGAGCAACAAAUUCGGUAAUAAAAUCUUCCAUGUUUUCCAAUCCACCUAAAAUGAGUGGACGAUUUGUGCACACUAUAGGUUCGUCUGGCCAGACAAUAAAAGAAAAACUUACUGUGCCUCUGUCUUGCACAACAUCAGACGGCAAGACACUCAAACAUUCAUUUUUGCUUUCAAACUUAUGCCCAGUUAAUCUAUUAGGAAGAGAUCUCAUGUGUAGUUUAGGUAUUUCACUGAUUUCCACUCCGGAGGGAGUGCAGGUCACAACCACGGACAAUGUAAAUAAUUUUUCUUUUGUUUGUGUUAAUUUCAGCUCAGAGCUGCUGCUCUACUCUUAUCAGUGGCUGCUGAAGGGAGGGGCUGUAACUGAGGCCCUCAUACAGGCUGCUCGACAGCUUGUUUCCUCACAGAAUACGACCUUUAGAGACACAUCUGACCUGUCUUGUACAGCACAUGUGUCCACUGGUCCUGAUGAGGAGUUUGAAAAAUCAUGGUUACGCACACAUGCGGACAAACUGACCUCAACCUCUCUUUUUUGGGAUGAACAUAGGUCUGCGCUUGCGAUUUCUCUCACUAACGAACAAGAGAGAUUUGUUGAUGCUUAUUCUACAGAUCCACAUGUCCUUCUGUCAAAACAUGACGGAAACAGAUGGCAGGACUUGGGUCCUUUCGUGGACAGAUGUCAACGGGAAGGAGACUGGCAAACGACUUCCGACCCGAAUGUGAUGUAUUCACCUACCUUGCAUGCUUACAAAAAACUUUUUCAGUCUAUCUUUCAUGUGCAGCGUACAGUGCACUUGGUACCUCAACAUUUCACACACACUUCACACCACGUGUUUUUGUCGGAGGACGCUCUGACGCAGUAUCCAGCCUUACAGGAAGUUCCAGCUUCCCUGUGGGCCACACACAAAUAUGAUGUAGGUUUGAUCAAAGGGUGUGACCCAGUGGUCAUCACGCCAAAAUCUGACUACAGACCAUGCAAACAGCAAUACCCUUUAAAGAGAGAAGCAAUUGAAGGAAUAACACCGGUGUUUAACUCUCUUUUGAAAACAGGAGUCAUCGUCCCAUGUGACAACUCUCCAGUGAGGACUCCACUCUUCCCAGUUAAGAAAAUCAGAGACAAAGGACAGCCAACAGAAUGGAGGUUUGUCCAGGAUCUGCAAGCAGUAAAUGCGGCGGUCCAACCACGCGCGCCUACGGUACCGAACCCCUACACCAUUCGUUCUCAGGUUCCGCCCAAGGCUAAAUUUUUUUCAGUAAUUGAUUUGGCCAAUGUUUUUUUCAGUGUGCCCGUCCACAAAGACAGUCAAUUCUGGUUUGCUUUUGAAUUUAACGGAAAGUCAUAUACCUUUACCAGACUAUGCCAGGGGUAUUCAGAAAGCCCUACAAUCUACAAUAUGGCACUGAAAGACAGCCUGGAUGAUCUUGUCUUGUCCCCAGGCACCGCCCUGCUGCAGUACGUUGACGACUUGAUGAUCUGCAGUGAGGAUCAGGAAACUUGCGCAGCAGACACGAUCAAGCUGCUGAAACACCUGCAUGCUGCAGGACACAAAGCAAGUCUGUCUAAAUUACAGUUUGUUCAGACUGAAGUUACCUUCCUAGGUCACAUCAUCACCGCUGAAGGGAAAUCAAUUUCACCUAAAAGAGCUGAAGCUAUUCAGAACCUGCCCCUUUGCACAUACAAACAGCUUAUGUCCUUUUUAGGCAUGUGCUCUUAUUGCAGGAAUUUCAUUCCCAACUGCGCCGUCUUGGAGGCUCCGUUUAGAGCUCUGAUGCAGACGUCUUCUGCAUCCACCACCCGCCUCAUGUGGACAUCUGAGGCUGAACAGGCGUUCACCGACCUCAAACUUGCUCUUCAGUCGGCUCCUACUUUGGGUCUGCCUGACCCUACGCGACCUUUCACCCAAACGGUGGAUGAGAAAUCAGGUUGUAUGACCUCUGUCCUUCUACAGGAUCACGGAGGGCGUCCACGCCCUGUAGCCUAUUUCUCUGCUAAGCUUGACCCAGUCGCUGCGGGGCUCCCACGAUGUCUCCGAGCAGUGGCUGCGGCAGAGAAAGCCGUGCUGGCAUCACGUGACAUUGUUGGCUAUUCUGAUGUCACCCUGCUGGUUCCUCAUGCCGUGUCUUUGAUCCUUUUGGAACAAAAAACAUUACAUCUUUGUAAUGUAAUGGCUUAGAUACAACACCAUCUUACUGGAAAUGACAGCCACUUUGUUUCCAGGCCCUGACGAUGGCGAGCCUCACAACUGUGUUUCGGUCUUGAACCAGGUCUGCACUCCGCGCCCAGAUCUAUCGGAGGUGCCAAUUCCUAACUGUGACCUCGUUCUCUUUGUUGAUGGCUCUGCCUCUAGAGACCCUGCUUCGGGCCACUGUCAGGUUGGAUAUGCAGUCUGCACCUCUCAUACUGUUUUACAGUCUGGCCCUUUGCCAGGACAUUACUCUGCUCAGGCUGCGGAGUUGAUCGCACUGACCGAAGCCUGUAAAUUGGCUGAAGGGAAGUCUGUUACUAUCUACACAGACUCCAGAUACGCUUUUGGCGUCACACAUGACUUUGGUGCUCUGUGGAAACACAGAAAGUUUUUGAAAUCUGAUGGCAAACCUAUCUUGCAUCAUGAUAAGGUUGCUGAUCUGCCCGACGCAAUUCUGUUACCAGCUGCAAUUGCUGUAUGUAAGUGCCCCGCACACACUGGGGGCACUGAUCCCAUCUCUGCUGGAAACGCGCGCGCUGAUGCUGCUGCAAAGACAGCUGCCCGACUUCCCUUUCCCUUUGUUCCCUACCUCUUAUCCUCCACCUCUACCCAACCUUCCUCUCCUCCCUCUGCUCUCCCUGAUCUUCAGACAUUCUCUACCCCACAGGAACGCAAGCUCUGGCUGACGAAUGGCGCCACCAGUAGCCAUGGCGUUUGGUAUGGGCUCGGGCCCAUACCAAACGCCAUGCAAACUUGCCUACCUAAACACUUUUUCCCUCAUUUCGCGAAGCUGACACAUGGAUUAGACCAUGUAUCAAAGGGGGGAACGUUAGAUGCUCUUACAAAACAUUGGUACACUAAGGGUUUUUCAAUCUAUGCACAAAAAUACUGUGAAGCAUGUAUGACAUGCGCCCAAAACAAUCCAGGUAAGACGACUGCCAAACCACUGGCAGCUCACCCACCACCGGAACAGGCGUUUGACCAUUUAAUGCUGGACUUCAUCGAACUAACGCCAGCAGAAGGUAAAAAAAUUGUUUAGUGAUUGUUGAUAUGUGGUCAAAAUGGGUGGAGGCCUUCCCAGCUAAACAUGCUAACAGCCAUGCAGUUACCAAAGCCUUGCUGACAGAAAUAAUUCCCAGAUGGGGGAUUCCAUCUAAAAUCAGCAGUGACAACGGCUCACACUUUGCAAACCAAGCCCUCGAGGAAGUGGGAAAGUUUCUGAACAUUGACAUCAGAAAGCACUGCUCUUACCACCCUCAAAGCGGAGGGGCGGUAGAGAGAGAGAAUGGCACUUUGAAAAUCAAACUGGCUAAAUGCUGCUCAGAGACUGGUCUCAAGUGGACUCAGGCUCUUCCCAUUGUGCUCUCAUACAUGAGAAUGAGGAGAAGGAUGAGAACAAACCUCAGCCCGUAUGAGAUCCUACUUGGUAGGCCUGCUACAGUACUGUAAGAACUUCAUUCAACCAGGAGACUGGGUGAUCAUUAAGAAGCUUCGCAGGAAGCACUGGAACUCAAAACGGUGGCAAGGUCCCUUCCAAGUCCUUCUGAUGACCAACACGGCUGUGGAGAUCGCAGAAAGAGCGACUUGGAUCCACUCCAGCCACUGCAAGAAGGUCCCAGAUCCGACAGACGACCCUCCAUCUACAUCUACACCACACGAGAAAACCACCACUGACGAAAAGAACUGAGAAGGACGACCCUCGCUGUGCUCACACACACACACGCACUGAGGCGAGGCUGCGUUGACUGUUCAGCUAAAGGUGUGAGCCAAGCGCCGCCUGAAGCUGCGCCGAUGAAUCACACUAUCAGACCAUACGUCUACACACACGCUCCUGAGAAAACACACACGAGCAGCCUUGAGUUGCCGACGCUGGACGACGUGUAGACUCUUCACAUCACGGGGAGUGACAGUGACUCAGACGACAUUGGGAGGAAACCUGGCGGGGAUAACGAAUCCCAGGUGUCCCUGUGAUCAGCUGAUCACAACCUGAAGAACCCCAACGAACUGUCAAUACAUCAACACACAGGUUGGGAAAAAUCAAACACCACUAUUCAACAGGAAGAAGAAGACAUUGAUUGUGACCCUGUUGUUUUGAUCCUUAUUGUAUGUUACUUUAAUAUUUGCUCUAAAUGGUGUGGUUGAUUUACAUGUAUACCUCUCUGUGAUUUUUAUCCACUAUUUUUGAACAAAACAUUUUACGACAAGCAUAUCUAGAGUUGUUUUCCACUUGAUUCACACUUUCACACAAAUUUUUAUCUUCCACUGACGCAAAAUGACAUUCACCAGACGAAACAAGAUAAAAAUGAUUGUCAUAUCGACGAUGACGGCAAUAUGCGUAGUCACUCUGACAUUCGCAUCAACCGAAGACACUCUUAUCCACCGCACACCGGAGUCACCCACAAAUCGAUCAUGCUUAGUUUGUGCCAUUAGAGACCUGAUGACCAUGACGGAACAAUUGCCCCACAUAGCAAAGACAACAUGGCAGAAUAGAAUGGCCUUAGAUGUUAUUAACAAAGAUGGGAAGUGUUUGUGUCAGGUUUGGUAAAACAUGCUGUACCUUUAUUCAGGAUGAUUGAACAUGAACUGAUUGAAAUCACUCAUCACUAGGCUUAUGUCCCUGUCUAACUACCCACAAAAACAGCUCACAAUCUUUUAUUCCUACGCCAUUUACAUCUUUAUAAGCAAUACAUUUAACAAAUCAUUUUUAAAGAAUCUUUUAUUACUACAAAAUGAAUUCCACGAUUGACAAUUUUUAUUCUUUUAAUGUUUGAUUAAUGUGUAAUCAAAAGGGGGGAAAUGUAAUGGAAAAAUUGUACUUUAAUGCUUCUUGUGUUCAUUUCUGACUCUGUAUAAUAACCAUGCAUUCUGUACUUGUUGAUUAGACCCAGAACUGAACAUUCUUAGACAAUCUAUCUUCCUCUCAAGGUUCUGUCGCACAUUAAGUGCUGACAUCUAAUGUUGUGUUUGACUGACCGAUUGUUUAUGGCCUGUGUCUGCCUUUUGCCCCUGGUCUCUGGCUCCUUUCUAUCUGAAGCCUCACCAGACCCAAGGCUGUAAACCUUGUGUAUUCCCUGUGUAAUGUAAACAUCUUCACCCACAGUGUGAUAGGAAGAUUCCACCAGGUCCCGGGAGAAGGGUUAAAAGGCAGAGACAACCUCAGAACGGUGUGAUCUUUGCAUUAUACCUCCUUGGUGUAUGUUCUGAUCUCCCCAGCUGGCUUUUUGAUUUGCUUUCCUCAUUACUUGUUAUUUUCUUUAUUAUUUCAAUAAAUCG